AGUCGUGUGCUUGGUUUCAAGCGAGCAAAACUCGCAAACACAAGCACAUUCGAACGCGACAUGCCAGACACGGUGCAUGUUGUGGACGAGGACGAUGACGACGAGCAAGCCACCAGCAAGCAGCGGCGGCAGCAGGAGGACGAGGAGCAGGAGCAGGAGCAGGAGCAGGAGCAGGAACAGGAGCAGGACGAGCGCGUUGAGGACAGCCAGCAGGACCACGACGACGACUACCGAUGGACGAGCAUGACGACGACGGCGACGACGACGCGAAUGGAACCAAGCCUGACAAGCAAGCAAGACAAGACCGCAACGACAACACGACGGAAGCAGUUCACAGCACCGGGCGACGGCGACGACGAGGACUACGACCACAGCAACGCUGAAGCGCAAGUUGCAAGAACACCGUCGAGAGCAUUGUCCUCAUCAUCACCAUCAUUGAUGCGCGUCGGUAUGACCAGCGCACUGAAUCCGGACUACUCAGAACGACUGCCUAAUGCUGCGGGUUUGGGCGGUCGCAAGAACUUGUCGCUGGAGCGAAGACAAGUUCCCGCCAGUGUCGCUGCCACGAUCACCACGAGUGCCGGCCACAGUGGUGGUGGUGAUGGUAGCAUUAGGACUACACCAGUGCUAAGCGAGCAGACAGAAUCCACAGUCUCGCAGUCGCUCAGUGGUCGACGUGCCGUCCGAGCCGCUCGAGCACCUGCCAAUCUAUCGCAAGAUCGUGCCGACACUGAUGACAGACAUGCCACCCGGAGCACCCAAGAACAACGACGCCACCGACGACAAGAAGACUUGCAACAGCAACAACGAGAAGAAGACUUGGAAGAAGAACAAGGCAUCGACAGAGCACCCAUCACCGCAAACCAUCACUCAAACCAUCACGGGAACGGCGACGAUUCGGCGCACGGAGACGUGCUUGUUGUGCAAGACUCGGAGCCAAUCGAUUCCGCAUUUCUAGUCACGCGCGACCGUCCCCCCGACUUGCAACAGUCCGAGCUCGGAGCCGAGCCCGCAUUGACACUUCCGGAACCCAGACCUUCACACCCAGUACGUGGCUUUUCGAGUUUGCCGAAUCACACAAUAAUAGGUUCAGGGCUCGCACGAGUCAAGCCAAAGACUGCGCAACCACCACGUCAAAGAGCCGCAGACCCCGACCAAUUGCGACACGACGAAGCGGCGGCACAGUGGGACCAGCACGUUGCACCGUCCCACUCUCUCAACGAAUCCAUGAUUGUUCUCGAUGACGAUGCCGGCCACCACGACCUCGGGGUCCUCGAAGCCAAGCAGGACUCGUCCGGGCAGCGCCGAGUGUCGCCAGCUGCCAAAGACCCGAGGCAAUCGUCGUCCUUGAGCAAGUCACAGGACGGCCUUCCUGCCAGCGCCCAGCUGUUUUAUCUGAAAUCCCCCACUGCAGCAGCUGCAACCUCAUCGAGCGGCUCCAAACAUCCGGGUCGGAACUCCAGAGCGAGUGCCUCGCCAACAUCAUCGGCCGCCAGAAAAUCAUCUCGGAGUCCGGCAUCGCCCAUGCUCCGGAUGAGCGACGAAACACUGGACGAUGACGAUGACGAUGCCGACGACAAAAUGUCUUCGCACGCAAACCGGCGCCCCGGCAAGCGGAUGACGCAAGCGGCAGAGUCGACACGGACCGUCGUCACACGCGGCACACGGCAAAGUAACAUCAAAGACAGUUUUGCUGCGGCGAAACCACUCCAUGGUGGCUCGAGUGCCCAGGUCAGCGAGGGCGAUAACGAUGACAAUGCAUUCCAAUCCCAGCAAGGAGGAUUGAAGCGACGCCGCUCGCUACCGUACGACCCGGACUCGCACCGGACCAAAAAGAGCCACUUGGACUCGCUGGAGAGCAUUCCCGCGGACACUGCCGCCAUUGAGCUGCCUGACGGCAAGACAAUCACUGGAAGGGUUGUGUCAAUCACGUUCGAAGCGUCGCGUCUCAGCCUCCUUCUCGUCCCAACCACCGCCCGCUCCGCCAGCACAGGCACUCCCAUUGUUUGCGAUGAUGACGACUCGGCGCUCGACCAAUCCCACAUUGCCACGCAAGACACGGAGCCCCCGCUUUUCCAAGCGCAAACGUCAAACACUCGCGGCGGAGACCUCUUGCAGGUAGUGGUGCCGUUGGCUCAAAUCACGGACUGGAAGUUUGAGCAUCAAACCCGCAAGACCACCAUUCAUGUGCGCCCGAGCAAAGAGCCCAACCAAGAAACCGCUGCCUCGCGCUCGAGCAAAGUUCCCACCACGACGGAUGAUCCCGGCUCGGACUUUUCUGCCGAUCUGUUCCCUCAAGUCAACGAAACUGUCGGCAAAGGGGCGCUUGCGCCGCGACGCACAGAGCCCUUGUUCUCUGUCGCCUCUGGUCAAGAUAGUCUAUGGGACAAGCAAUUCAAGCACCCCUCCUCUGCUGCUGGCGUUCGCCCCGCCGCCGCCGCUGCUGCUGCUGCUCAAGAGGCCGAGCAGCAGUCGAUACUCUCCGACGUUCGCAUGAUCAUCCUGUGCAGUUCCACGUCGUACGAUGUGCAGCUCGUUGAAAACACAAUCAAUCGUGGUCGCGCAGCCAAGGACGAAAUUAUCUGUUCUGGUGCCGGUACGAGCGCUGUUGGGCUCACAUCACGCCGAACGCGGUCCAGUAUUUCGUCCGGGAGUGACUUUUCCGCAUUGUCUGGUAUCGAGGUGGUCAAAGCCAGACCCAAGCUGCUCACUAGCGACGUCAUCUACCGCCCAUUAAUCGGCGCUCCAAUCACUGUUCGCAAUGCCGAUGCGAUGCGACUGUACGAGGAAGAGUACUUGAACGAUGUCAUUCUGGACUUUUACAUCAACUAUUUCUUGACCGUCAAAGCAUCGGACGCGCAGCGCAAUCAAUGCCACGUUUUCAGCACCUUCUUUUACAGUCGACUGACUGGAACUCAUAGUAGCAGCGAUCCCUUCUCCCGGGACCGCAACGGCACCAGCCCGACUGAGAAAUCCAGCUCGCAAGAUCUCAUGGACAUCAAGUACCAACAUGUUCGGACCUGGACGCGCAACGUCGAUAUUUUUUCCAAGGACUUUUUGUUCUUUCCCAUCAACGCCAGCCAACACUGGUACUUUAUGGUCGUGUGCUACCCUGGAAAGUUUGCAGAGAGUUUCCUUGCCCAGUCAGAGUCGGAUGCUGCCACAAGUCGCCCAGGCUCAACCGACUCUGGGCCACAACCGAUGAAUGGGGAUAGUGCUGAGAGAUCCGUCCACAAGUCGUCGUCGCCUGAGGAGCCGACAGAGCCAGCCGACCCUGCCGCCAGCCCCGUCCCCAGCGCCAGCAGCUUGGUUGUCGAGCCCGCCGACUCGCCAAGUGACGAUACUCAGCUGUCCACUCCUUCCUUGCUUGAGCUGCCGUCCGAGGCGAACGCUCCUUCCAAGUCCUCAACCACGAUGCCUCAAAUUAUCAUGUUUGAUUCUUUAAACGGAUCCUUUCGAUCCCAAGUCUCCAGACAGUUGCUCGGCUAUCUAUCAUCCGAGUGGAAAAACAAACGGGCCGAGCAGCCACCUGUCGAUUUUCGUUCCAUGAAAGGCAGCGUGGCCAAGUGCCCCAAACAAACCAACUAUUGCGACUGUGGCGUGUACUUGUUGGAGUUGAUGGAGCGAUUCAUCAUCGACCCGACCGCGGGGCUUCAUUGCAACGCAACCUGGUUCUCGCCCAGCGACAUUUCCAACAAGCGAACAGCGAUGCGCAAUCUCGUCGCAAGCCUUGCGCAAGAGCAGCCUCCGACCAAUUCUGAUGUGGACGUUGAGGGUGACGGAGACAAGCACACUGAUGGAGAGGAUGACGAUGUCAUUGCGCAUUCGGACGAUCCAAGUGUGCACUUUGCCCAGACCAUCACGCCAAGCGUCGUCGAGGUCCAGCCUUCAAUACUGAGCUUGGGCACCCUGCCACCUAGCCUUAACUACGCGACAUCUCCGAGCCACGAUCGCAUGGACGAUUCGUCAAUGGACGAGACUCAAGCUGCGGUAGUGGCCAUGCAUGUAGAAUCACUUGCAGCAGAAUCGCCAUCGUCCGACCAGACCUCCUCCUCCUCCAAUGCGCGUCGUGUUUCUGCGCCCUUUCACGCCCAAUCUUCCAACAACAACGGCAACAACAACGGCAACAACAACAACAACAACAACAACAACAACGGACUCUUUAGCACCAGCGCUCAUUUGGCUGCCUUGCGCCCUGACAUUUCCGUGCCCGCGCGCCCAUGCUCGCCUUUCGAUAACAUGCCCUCACUCGAGGCGUCCCAGCCGAUGGACGAUUACCCCGACGAUCGUCUGUCACUGGCUGUCGAUCAGCCACCCGAGGCUGCGACCAACGGGACUCUUGGACCCCACCUUCGCGGUGAAUGGAAUGGCUACCAGGUGGUUGUUUAUCACUCACCCAUGUCUGCGACCGUGCUGACUGACAAGAAAUGGGUCGACCGAGAGAUUAAGCUCAUGAGCAAUCACCUAAAGCACGAGCACAUUGCGCCGCUUCUCGACCACGCGCUGGUGCCAACUGGCGGCAUCAACUUGAUCUACGAAUGCCUGCCGAACGGGACGGUGCGCGACUGGCUGGAUGGCAAGCACAAGGCUCGCCUCACCGGGCACCAGCGUCAGGACGUUAUCGAAAGCGUCGCCCGCGCGAUGCUCUACGCGCAAACAGCCAGCCGCAACCAGCCGAUUUUCCAUCUUCGACUCUCAACUGCGAGUGUGCUGCUGAAUGCUGCGGGCGUUGCCAAAGUGACCAACUUUGGCUUUGUGCCCCCCUUUGCAGGAGCGUCCUCUGCGCAGUUAUUGUGCUCUGCCGUCCGCGCCACAUUGUGCCCCGCAUAUUUGAGUUUGGGCAAAGUCUCGCUCACGACGGACGUGCAUUCGUUUGGCAUGCUAAUCCUUGAGAUGUGGACUGCCCAAUUGCCCAGCUUUGAGCUGAAGCGUCUGGACAGCGACGGCUUGGCCAGCCAGCUCGACCGAGAGGUUGAGUGGCAGGAGCGCAUGCAACGCGUUGCGGAAGACGCAUGCAACGUUGCGAUUGAGUGUCUGCGCGACUCACCAGAGGAGCGUCCAGACUUUUCCACUGUUUUGCAGCGCUUGACCGAGAGGAGCACGGCCUCGGCUGCUGACAGCAAGGUGGUUCGCCGAGGCGAGUGUCUGUGGUGUGUCAAGCGAGCGCGGAGCGUGUCGCUUCUCCCAUGUCGCCACGCUUGUGUGUGCGAACCGUGUGCUCAAGGAUCCAAGGGACAGAAGCCCUGUCCUGUCUGCCGCACACCAUGGCAGGCGUCGAGCCCGAGCCCGAGCCGUGUCAUUGAUCUCCAUUGAUUUUCGAGCCGUCCCACAACAUUUCCUCCCUCGAUUUAUUUAUUUUCUUGUACAACAGCUGAGCUUGCGUGUAUGCUUUGUACCCCAUGUGCAAUGCCCAUCCC